CCCGGAAGUGGAAGUAGUGACUGCGGCCAGAGGGCGGAGCCGCUGCUUGGAGACGGCGGGAUCUUUUUCGCCAUGGCUGCCGGGCCGAUCUCCGAGCGGAACCAGGAUGCUACUGUGUACGUGGGGGGCCUGGACGAGAAGGUUAGCGAACCUCUGCUGUGGGAGCUCUUCCUGCAGGCAGGACCGGUGGUCAACACUCACAUGCCGAAAGACAGAGUCACUGGCCAGCACCAAGGCUAUGGCUUUGUGGAAUUCUUGAGUGAAGAAGAUGCUGACUAUGCCAUUAAGAUCAUGAACAUGAUCAAACUUUAUGGGAAGCCAAUACGGGUGAACAAGGCAUCAGCUCACAACAAAAACCUGGAUGUCGGGGCCAACAUUUUCAUCGGGAACCUGGACCCGGAGAUUGACGAGAAGCUGCUUUACGAUACUUUUAGCGCCUUUGGGGUCAUCUUACAAACCCCCAAGAUCAUGCGGGACCCUGACACAGGCAACUCCAAAGGUUAUGCCUUUAUUAAUUUCGCUUCAUUUGAUGCCUCGGAUGCAGCAAUUGAGGCCAUGAAUGGGCAGUACCUCUGUAACCGCCCCAUCACCGUGUCUUAUGCCUUCAAGAAGGACUCCAAGGGUGAGCGCCAUGGCUCCGCAGCUGAACGACUUCUGGCAGCCCAGAACCCGCUCUCCCAGGCCGAUCGCCCGCAUCAGCUGUUUGCAGAUGCACCCCCUCCACCCUCUGCUCCCAACCCUGUGGUAUCAUCACUGGGAUCUGGGCUUCCUCCACCAGGCAUGCCUCCUCCUGGCUCUUUCCCACCCCCAGUGCCGCCUCCUGGAGCCCUCCCACCUGGAAUACCUCCAGCCAUGCCCCCCCCACCAAUGCCUCCUGGGGCUGGAGGACAUGGCCCUCCAUCAGCAGGCACCCCGGGAGCUGGACAUCCUGGUCAUGGGCACUCACAUCCUCACCCCUUCCCACCAGGUGGGAUGCCCCAUCCAGGGAUGUCUCAGAUGCAGCUGGCCCACCAUGGCCCUCAUGGCUUAGGACACCCCCAUGCUGGGCCCCCAGGCUCUGGGGGACAGCCACCACCACGCCCACCUCCUGGAAUGCCUCAUCCUGGACCUCCUCCAAUGGGCAUGCCCCCCAGAGGACCUCCGUUUGGAUCUCCCAUGGGUCACCCAGGCCCUAUGCCUCCACAUGGUAUGCGAGGACCCCCUCCACUGAUGCCACCUCAUGGGUACACUGGUCCUCCACGGCCCCCGCCCUAUGGCUACCAGCGGGGCCCCCUUCCUCCACCCAGACCCACUCCCCGGCCUCCAGUUCCCCCUCGAGGCCCACUUCGGGGCCCUCUUCCUCAAUAAAUUCCAAUUCUCCUUCCUAUUAUUUUCAGCUGAAGUUUUUUCGAUUCCUUGGACCAAUCAGAGUUGCUGUAGCUAACUUCUCUGAGCUCCCCGUUUUUAAUGUAAUUUUUCCCCAGAAGACUUUUCCUUUUUUAUGUUGGUCCUAAGUGUUUUGCAAAUGCACAUGGAAAAUAAAACUGUACUUGUUUAUUC